AUUUAUUCUCUGUCUCUCUCUCGAUCCAAAUUUCUCUCAAAACCCAUCUCGAAAGUCUUUCUCUUUGGAGGGUUUAGAUCCUCCAUGGACGGCGGCGGAGUAGCUGACGUGGCAGUCGCCGGUACGAGGAAGAGAGAGAGACCUUACAAAGGAAUAAGGAUGAGGAAGUGGGGAAAGUGGGUCGCGGAGAUUCGAGAGCCAAACAAACGGUCUAGGUUAUGGCUUGGCUCUUACUCUACUCCGGAGGCGGCGGCGCGAGCUUACGACACGGCCGUUUUCUAUCUUAGAGGACCUACGGCGAGGCUUAACUUCCCUGAGCUUCUUCCUGGAGAGAAAUUCUCCGACGAGGAUAUGUCGGCUGCUACGAUCAGGAAAAAAGCGACGGAGGUCGGUGCUCAGGUUGAUGCUUUAGGCACGGCGGUACAAAAUAACCGCCACCGUGUUUUUGGUCAGAAUCGUGAUAGUGAUGAUGAUAAUAAGAAUUUUCAUCGGAAUUAUCAAAACGGUGAGAGAGAAGAAGAAGAAGAAGAUGAGGAUGAGGAUGACAAGAGAUUGAAGAGUGGCGGCCGGUUGCUGGAUCGGGUUGACUUGAAUAAAUUACCCGACCCGGAAAGCUCCGAUGAAGAAUGGGAAAGCAAACAUUAAAAAUAUAUUUUGGCGGUGGCU